GGAAGUGGACCCAACCACCAAAGAUUCCCACAGAUUCGAUAGCGAUUGUCCCAAUGUUACAAACGUGUUCACUCCGGGCUAAACACUUGUUUUGAGUAUUUUUGAGAGAUUAUCGAGAGGAAUAUGCUGGAUGGUUGCGCUCAUGAAAUUCACCAGAGACAUAUGCAGGCUGCUGGGACUCGGGAGCGGCCCUCCUGUCCAGCAGCAGGACGAGCAGAUGGACUGUGGUGCCGCAAACCCUGACCCAAGUGAGGAUGCCUCUUUGACACAGGAUGCAUUAAAUGGAGAGGAGGAUCUGAGUGAGGAGGAGAAGGCCAGAAGAAGGGCGGAGCGACGCAAAGCCAAAAGGAAGCGCCGUCGAAAACGAAAGAAGCAGGAGCAGAUUAAACAAAAUGAGAAUGCUGAUCGGGAUGACGAAGACGAGGAUGGUGGUGCAGAGUCUGAACUUGAUGAGAGUGAGUCUGAAGCAGAAGCUGGAGCUGAAGUUGAAAAGCAAAUAGUGCAAAAAGGGGAGGAACAUGAGACAAAAUCAGCUGCCUCACACAGGGACAUCGCCACUCAAGUUAUGAGUUCUUCAGGGAACAAAGGACAUCAGAAGACUCAAGCCAGAUCCACUGAAGAGGAGCCAGAGUGGGAUGUGAGCAGUGCCUUCUUUGCUAAUGCUGCUAGCCAUAUCAAACCCAAAGGAUCCAGCCGCAAAUCCAAAGAGAACAAGGAGAACGAAGCCAGGAGAGAGUCAAAUGGAACCGACACCAUGAACAAGAAAAGUGCCUCACUGACAGCAGAAAAAGGGAUAAAGCUGGUGCAGGAGGGGCAGUACUCACAAGCAGUCAGUAUGUUUACAGAAGCCAUCAAAUGUGACCCAAAGGAUAACAGGUUCUUUGGGAAUCGCUCCUAUUGCUAUUUCUGCCUUGAGCAGUACCCUCAGGCCCUGGCAGACGCUGAGCGCUCUAUUCAGCUGGCCCCAGACUGGCCCAAAGGAUACUUCAGGAAGGGCAGUGCUCUCAUGGGCAUGAAGCGGUACAGUGAGGCAGAGAAGGCCAUGGAGCAGGUGCUAAAACUGGAUAAAGACUGUGAGGAGGCUGUCAAUGACCUCUUUGACUGUAAAGUGCUGCAGCUGAUGGAGCUCGGUUUUGAAGAAGGGCAAAGUGUGGCACUCCUGGAGAAGUUUUCAACUGUGCAGGCUGUGCUGGCAUCUUGUUCUGAUGUGGCUAGGGCUGUGAACCAGGAUCCAUCAGUUGUGCAACCAGGAAGCCCAUGCGCAUCUCUGUGGGUUGGAAAUGUGACGACAGAGCUGACAGAGAAACAUCUUUGGGACCUUUUUAAAAUGUACGGGGAGAUCGAAAGUAUUCGUGUGCUGCAUGAGAGAUUCUGUGCCUUUGUAAACUUCAAGAAUGCAAACAUGGCUGCUCGUGCCAUGGAGAAACUAAAUGGUUAUUGUAUUGAGAACACGCGUUUAGUUGUGCGUUAUCCUGAUCGUCGCACUCAGAGGGUCCUUCCCACUCCACUUAAGACCUGUCUCCCUGUCACACAGCAGACGGGGGCAGCUGCUGGACCUCGACGGCGUGGCCCGGUGAACGGAGAUGAGUGUUACUUCUGGAGAACCACCGGCUGCCACUUUGGGGAUAAAUGUCGCUACAAACACAUUCCUGAUCACAAAGGCAAGGACAGGAAGCCCUGGCAGCCUUGAACUCUACUUAUCCUCACUCUCUGCUCCAGUGUUGUGUAGGAAACUUGGACCCACAGACUGAGCAAAAGGAGCCGGCACUCCCUGGACCAGGUUCUCCAGGCUAAAAAGAAAAAAAAUCACUGUAGUGGAAUGAACCAGAAUAGUCAAAGGAUUAGAGCCAGCAUUCAGGCUCUUAGGCAGAAAAAGUCACUCGUAUGCAACAGAAGACCUGCAGUAUGAAGGUUUUUCUGUUAUAACCAAAGCCUGACUCAACUCAAAUUGCUCAAAAGUACAACAUUAACCCAAGGGGACAACAAAUCCACCUGCUGUUUGCAAUGAAAACCUUCAUAAUUACAAGCCUUUUAUGCUUAUGGCGACCUAUUCUCUUUUAAGGGAUGCAACCUAACCUCAGUCCUGCAACGUAACAAGGAAGUGAAACUGCCGUGGUCCACUCUAAAAACUAAAGUAAUGGUUCUGUCACUUCCAGCAGUAAUGAAAGGACUCAGUAUGGAUUUUUCAGGCCAAGGUUCAUCUGUGACGCUUGUUGGGACUUUCUUUUUGUAGGAAAUCCCCUCAAAAAGCAGCGUUCCUCCUCAUUUUACAUGAAAAAACACUUUUAUUUGCAUUUUUUUAACCUGACUCUUUAAAGUUAAAAUGUAUCCACCAGUUAUUCUGGCUGUGUUGGAUAUGAAUGUUUUUUUUCUAUGGCAUUUCAUUUUUUUUUUUUUAGUACUGAUUGCAUGAAAUGUCAGGAGCAAAGUCUUUGUCUGUAGGCUUCUCCCAGUAUUUUGGACAGUAGGAGAGUCAGAUCUGUGGCCCUUAUGCAAACAAAAAGCAUCCUCAAGUAUUUCUCAGCAUUAGAAUAUGACGUGCUUUCUCGGUACUUGGACUUGUAAACAUCACACUGCCUUGUGUCUAUGCAAAGAAAAAUGUAGACUCAGUUGUCGGGUCCGAGUCAGAUAUUAACACCAACCUCCUCAGGCAAAUUUCUGUUUAGUGUUAAAGGUUGUCAACAUUUUUGAUACUUUACUUCUUUGCAAUACCAGUUUAAGACAACUAAUCUCCAGUAUUUUUACAACGUAUAGUAACAGGAAGUUGCAAAGCUUGAAAAUACUUGAGAUUCUCAGGCAGAUUUUUAACCCAAAGUUACUGCAAGCAAAAGAGGACACUGUCUUAACAGCACUAAUACAUCGGAAAUAUUUUGGUACCAAAGGUUUCCAAUGUAACUGCGCAAUUUAGUCAGUGCACAGGAGCUUGUCUGCAUUUUUUAUCAUGAUAAACAAGAAAUCACCUGAUAUAAGGUAUCAAUAAUGUUGAUUUCACUUUCACAUGAUCGUUUCUAUGACAGAAACAUACGAGAUAAACUAGUUGAUUCUAUAGGACAGGGCCUUAAAAAUCCUCAGUAAUGUGCAUGCACACAUCCAUGGCCACAUGUGCUGCAUGCCACUCAAAGGUUCAGAGUGCGUUUGAACCUUGUGAAGCAGUGUUUUUGACCUCGAGGGGUCUUGAUUUCAGUAUUUCAAUGAACCAAAGAAUGCUUCAUCUGAUGGCUCUGCACUGAAAACCUCUCAGUUCAACACUAGACAGUACAAUAAAACCCAUUAGCAAGUGUCUGUAUCAUUGGUUAGAUAAAGAUGACAGCCACCACCCCUGGUUUAAGUCCACACUACGUUCUCUCAAACUAUGCACAGCAUAAGGAAUAUUUAUUUUCCUAUUUAUACUGGUUUUUCUUUCUUUUCAUUUCUUCUUCUUUUUUUUUUACAACAAUCAAACUGUUAAGUCUAAAUCACAAUGUUUAAUUUACUGGUCUGCUUGUCUUUUCACUUUAUAGUAGGUUAAAGAAAUGUAUUUCUUAACAAGUUCCCUCUUGUGCUUUUUCCUGGCUUUAAGAGGUGAUUAUUAUCAAGAAGCUUCUAGUGCAAACACUGUUGUCACAUGCUGCACUUCAGCUUUCCUUGCAGUACUUUCUAUCUGUUGGCAAACACUUGUGAAAAAGGAAUUGGACAACAAACCGUAAGGCUGCACUUGUGAAUUAAACUAUCACCUGACUGGUUCUGUUGUUGCACAGUUCAUUAAAAUAUCUAAACUAAUUUCAUGUGAUGGAUUUUAGCAUCACACAUUAAGAUUUCACAUUAUGGCUGUUUCAAACUUUGACAAAAGAUUUUCCCUAGUUGAAUUAGAACUUUUUGGUAUGUUUUUUAAAAACUGGUUUUUACCUUUUCAAACUAUUUCGGGAAAAUGCUCAUUUUAAUUUUGAUGUACACUUACAUAACCAGAGCACUGCAAUCCUGUUAAUCUUCCAAAUAUUUUGUAUUAUGGUUACUGCACUGCAAGAGUCUUUUAUAUUUAAUAAAUGUAUUUGAACCA